GUAAUGCAUCACCUCAUACAGAAGGGCUGGCCUUCGAAGCGCCAAUGUUCACUUUCAUUCACCGUCGUUUAACCUCACCCUGCCCGUGGGGGUCUCUUCAAAAUGCACGUUAUUGUGCCUUCAUGGAAUGCUGCGUAUAAAUAAGUGUAUUUGAUUACCGUAAACGCAGUCUUGUAGCAUGCACCUGGCUAAGAGCGUUCACAAGCUCCCAUUACCUACAGGACGGCGUGCAUGCAUAUGCACAAGCAUGCAGGAACUAAGUUUUCACAGAGGUGGAUUGAUUUAAAGAUAUAGAAGAAGGCAGCGUUCUUUGCAAAAUUAUCUGUAAAUAGGUUAUCUCGAUAGCUUUUUUUUAAAAAUUAUUAUUUUCGUAUAAAAGCGUAUUAAAUGCCUGGCUAAUGAUAUUGUUGGCUCCGCAUGCGAACUUUUAAUUUGUGUCAGUUUACAUUUUUAUUGGACCACUGAAGUCCACUGGAGAGCCUCUCAUUAACUUCAUUUUAUUUGAAAUGCGAAUCAGAAGCGAGUUAUUUUUAAUUGUUCUCCAGGCACUGUAUGACGUCUCUACUGCGUCAGAUGGAGCAGCACCCUCGAAAACGGACCCACACAAUGCUAACCUCUGCUACUGGACUUCUGCAACACGCGGGCGCAUUCAUUACAGUUUCCUCCGCGAGUCAGCCGGGACACAAGCAAACGCGCUGCGUUUGUACCUCAGCACGUGGACAGAGAACCAGCGCCUGGUGGACUGUGUGAUAGUCGAUGAAUCCGCGGUUGUAGAGAGCUACCUUUCUCUCUGUCAUGAGAAGCGCGCCGGGAAUUUCCUCACAAACCCAGAAGAGCGCUUUAACAUCAGCCUGCUGCUGGAACCUGGCAACCCAUGCGUGGUUGGCUCGGUCCAGGGAUUCGAACCGCCUGGUCGCGUAAAGCGGGACCUGCAACCUGCUGAUCCUGGGCGCUCCUCACUUAGCAGUCCCACUGUGAGCACUGCGCCCGAGGUCCGGCGCCGGAAGAGAUCCUGGAUAUUUCCUGGGACACUCUGGUGUGGCACGGGCACGAAGGCAAACGCCUAUGAUGACAUCGGUUUGUUUGAGAACACGGACAGGUGCUGUCGGGAACAUGACCACUGCAAGAACACCAUCCCCUCCUUCACGGUCAACUACGGUGUCUUCAACCACAACCUGUUCACCGUGUCCCACUGCGACUGCGACCGCAGGUUCCGGCAUUGUCUGCAGGAGGUAAACAACACCAUUGCCCACAUGGUUGGCUACAGCUUCUUCAGCGUGCUGAAGGUCCCCUGCUUCGUCUUCACCCAGAAGAAGCACUGCACCCAGUUCAACUGGUGGGGGCUGUGUAAGUCUGUGGAGGUGGCCCCAUAUGCUCUCUUCCGCUAUCCAUCCCCGUACAACUCCACUCAGCUGGUGCAGGUGGACGAGGGGUCGGAGGUCACGGCCGUCCCAGAAUCCCCUGCUGUGACUUCCUCCUCGGCCUCCCGUCCCGCGGGCGCGGGCCGGAGGAACGGCACCACCCCCGCGGGGGGGGCCGAACCGUGCCGGCCGCGGGGCCGCGGACGCAAGACCUCCAAGGCCAGGGGGCGCUGUGGCCCCCGGGGUCCCGCGCGGGGGGACACCUUCCGAGCCACCCGAAAGCCGGGGCGUGGCGGGAAAGGGAGGAAAGGCGGCGCGAAGCCGCCAACCGCUGCUGCAGUACCGCAAACCACCACCAGCGCCACCACCUCUACCACCACCACCACCACCACUACUACCACCACCACCACUGCCAAGAGCACCACCACCACCCGCCCCACCACCACCACCACCGCCCCACCACCACCCGCCCCACCACCACCACCACCCGCACCACCACCCCCCCCACCACCACCAGCACCCCGUCAGGCUGUUGGGAAGAAUUCAGGGAAGAGUCGGGGCCCCAAAAAACGGCCGGGGGGCUCAAAAAACGCCCUCCCCACUGACCCGCCCCGGGCCCCCCCAAAACAGGCCAACAGCAACCUCCCCGCGCCCGUGGAGAGCUCCAGACACAAAGACAAACUACAGCUCUGUGACUGUUACAAACAGCUGGACGAGUGCGAGCACAAGAUCCUUCCGUACGAGGAGAAAUACGGCCUGCACAACAUGGAGCCCAAGAUCCUGUACCACUGUGCCUGCACGCGAGGGCUGUCCCACCAACUGCGUCAGCUGAACGAGUCCGGCAUUCUGCAGUCCCUGCUGCUGGACUUCGUGUCCCUGUCCUGCUUCAAAGGGCUGCACUUAGAGGACUGUCUGCGAAGGACACGCUGUCGGGCCGUUCUCUCCGAAUCCAAACACCUGAAGGAGACGCUGAGGAGGCUGGGGGUCUCCGAGGUGACCGGGGGUCCCGUGGGAUCCACCCCAAAAGUGAAAAGGCAGAACACGAGAAAAGCCAGAGGCAAAAGCAGCCCUGUCCGGCUGUACAAACGGUGUCUACGGAUGACGAGCAAAAGCAUGGCUUGAAUGACAGUCCUAGUGUCCUUGAAGUAAAAAUCUGAAGAACAGAUUUAAAGUGUAACAGCUCAGUAUCUCAGCAUCUUAUCCAUACACCAGAUGCAGUCUCUUAAACGUUAAUUUCAGGUAUGACUGAAAGGUUGUGUGUAUGUAAGUAGUUAUAUACUGCUUGAAAUAGCGUCAUUCUGUUACAGAUAUUCUGAAAUUAUUAUCCUUGCUUCUAGGUUUGGACUUGCGUUAGGAUUUUGUUGUAAAAGAUGCAUAUUUUACCUGAAAUCCCAUUUUUUAAAUUGUGUAUCUUUGCUUAAUUUCAAGAUUUUAUGAGACCAUUCCCAAGUUUCCAAGCAAUGUCUGCCAGAGAAUGAUACUUAAAUAUUCUCACAUACAGUAUGUAAAUACAUUCAACAUACAUACAUGUAAAUACAUCCAGCAUGCACACGUAUGUAAAUACUUUAGCCUAUGAAAUGUUUUUUUUGUUGUUGCAAAAUUGUAAAUUUCUAUUAUAAAUAAUACUGUAAACAGCACUUAAAUAGAAUAUAUUUCCUUUGGAAUUUAAUGUAUUUAAUUUAAUAUGUGUAUGAAAUGCUGUCUCUCGUUUAUGACCAUUUUGACACUGGAAUUGAUCAGAACUAAAUCUGAAUGUGAAAUACUUUUUGGUGCUGCUCAGUUGUUUCACUGCAUGACAAGUGAAACCUGGAUAGAUCAGAUUAUUUCUGUAAUUACUGAAUAUUUGGUGUUUGGACACUUUUCAAUAGGGCUUGGUGAUUUUUUUGUACUGAUAUUUCAAUCAAAAAAUCAGUUACCGUUAUUAAUUUGACUCUUUUUAAAAUUUUAAACAAACAUGAAUUAUAAUGUUUAAAAAAUAAAGCACUGCACAUAACAGUAUUGUUGUGGGAGGCUGAUCAUGGCAUCUUGUGAUGAAAUAGACUCAGAUUUAAAUAUUGGUGUGAUGUUGAUCGUGAUUGGCCCAGAAAGGAGAUUGAAUCUAAGAGCUUGGCAAACAUACAAUUUGAACGCACUUAUACAGAGCCAGUGAGUACUGAACUGAACCAAAGAAACGCCGAGCUCUGGACUGUCAAUAACGUGUCAAAUGCGUCCUCUGGUGGAACUGACGUGUACAACGUUAUAUCCACCAGAGGGCGCUAUAAUCAUUUUACAUGACGCUGAGCUCCUGAGAAGUUCUGGGAAGCCCGAUAUCGGUGCUGAAUUUGGGGCAGUGUAUAAACCAGUGUGGAACCCUUCUUAACGAUAA